AUGUCAUCAUUACAGCUACUCGUUGUGCUUCUAAGCGGAAUACAUCUCAUAUUGGCAAACGUACAUCCAAUCACGAUUCAUGGUCACUACUUUGUCAACAGUGUCACCAAAGAACCAUUCUAUAUAAAGGGAAUAGACUAUCAACCAGGAGGAUCGUCGGCAGUUUCCAGUGUCAAAGAUCCAUUAUCAGAUCCUGUUCAAUGUGCAAGGGAUAUAAUACUAUUCCAGGAGUUGGGCAUCAAUACGAUUCGAAUUUAUUCGGUAAAUCCAGACUUGAACCACGAUAAAUGUAUGACAAUGUUGGCAGCAGCAGGGAUAUACUUAGUACUCGAUGUCAACUCGCCGUUACCCAAUCACCACUUGAACAGAUACGAGCCUUGGACUACUUACAACUUGUUUUAUUUUGAAAAUGUAUUCAAAAUUGUGCAGCAGUUUUCAUCGUACAACAACACAUUGGGGUUUCUUGCUGGAAAUGAAGUAAUCAACGACCCCAUAUCGGCAUCGGUAGCUGCACCUUAUAUAAAAGCAGUAGUUAGGGAUAUCAAAAACUACAUCAACAUUCAUUCGCCUCGACCCAUACCGGUUGGGUAUUCAGCAGCUGAUGACUUGAAUUACCGAAUUUCACUUGCUAGAUAUCUCGAAUGUGCUGACAAUAACUUGAUGGAAAGUGUUGACUUUUAUGGGGUAAACUCCUAUCAAUGGUGCGGUGAUCAGACUUUUUACAGCAGUGGAUACAACAUUUUGGUCAACGACUAUAAAGGCUACAGUAAGCCUGUGUUUUUCUCCGAGUAUGGUUGCAACGAAGUGUUGCCGAGAAACUUUGACGAAGUUCCCGUGUUGUACACAAAUGAUAUGAUUGACGUUUUUAAUGGUGGAUUGGUUUAUGAAUUUACUCAAGAGGCAAACAAUUAUGGAUUGGUGGAAAUUUUGCCCAACGGCGACGUUAAACUAUUACGCGAUUUUAUGCAAUUGAAACAAAAAUUUGACUCGAUACCAGAAUUGGAUUACAACUUUAUUAUUGAAGCUAUGAAGGAAAAUGCAAAGGAAAUUCAAAUGCGUAUUAAACAAACGCAGUCAACCAUUCCUCGAUGCCAAGACCUGUACCCCAACUUGGACAUUUCGAAAGGUAUUCCCGACACAAUUGUCGAAGUUAUGAUUGACACUGGCGUAAACGUUGAACGAGGCAAAUUUGUGCACUUGGACAAGAGUGAAUUGCAUACUAAUAACGUGUUUUUUCAACCAAAUGGUGAAGUGUUUAAUACACUUUAUGAAAUCGACAUAGUGGUUGACUUUGAGACUGACGAUGUGAAUACCAACGACAAGCAGCGACUGCAAAAAAGUAGUACGUAUAGUCCUCACGAUACGAAUGAUGCGGAACGAACAGAUAAGGUUUCAGAUCCAGAGCUGCACAGCGAGCAAAAGCAACAAUUUCAGAAAGAGCUUCACGGAGGGGAAGAUAAUCAUGACAACGAAAAUGAACACGAUGAGGAGAAGCCCAAUGUGAUUGUUGAGACUUUUCACAAAGUCACCGAUUCAGUCAAGAAUUUUUGGACUAGUAUAUUUACCUAA